ACUCAAACGAAAGAACAUACAACAAGAUAUGAUCAAAUCAAAUAUUACACUAGUUUGCGGUAAAAGUUCAUCAAUUUGAUUUUAAUUUUUCACAGACUUCUCAUUUUAGUUUGUGAUGCUGAAUUGAUGAUAGCUUAAUCAUUUUUUAAUGAAUAUUGAAAGCACUGUGAAUACAUGAAAUGUAGGGAGUACAUACUAAGAAACCACACUAGAGUAACAUUGAAUCCAACCUCAUUAGAGUCCAACUUAAUUCCUCCACCCCCACCGCAAGAAAAACUUCUUGCACCGGCCCCCUAAUGGCUGUGGCCGAAAGUUUUGUGUCUCUAUGUCAAUCUUCACCGUGAUUAAUUCGACUGGACGUCGGCGGUGACAUGGCCCGUGACGGUGGCCACAACUUCUUCUCUCCUAUAUUUAUUGAUAUUAAAAUUCUAUGAUGAGGAUGGAAGAUGCAAAGUGUGCCGUUGAGGGAAUUGGGAGAGGAAUUAAAUUGGUCUUUGUGUACUCCGAUCUCCCCAGGCGGUUAAACUCUGUUUACUGCUCUGCCUACAAGAAUGAUGGCGGAUGUUUUUCCAAUUUCAUUUCUCAUUUCACUCUCCCCAACCCUAUAGCUGCAUCAGUUCCAUCAUCGUCUCUUCCUACUAUCGGAUGGACUUCCGCCAAAGUCGUGCGCUCAGCCUCCACAAAGCAUCAAGCUGCUCCCAUAGCCAUUCAUCGCCUCCCAAAGACUUUUUGCAGCCCUAAGCUACUGUUUGUCAUCGGACUUUUUGAAGCUUCAGUUGUGCAAAAGCAAAAUAGCACGAAGAGAUUUGCUACAGCUCUCUGCGCGGAAGACAGUUAUCUUGGGCAUUUUUCCGUCCAGAGCAUAGGAAGUCCGGAGCAUAGGGUUUGCUAGCAACAAAGAAAAUCUUCGUCUUGCUGCGUCCGCCGCCUUCGUCCAGGUCCAGAGCAGAAAUGUAGAAGGAGAGGGUCAAAGGAUUAAAUGUGAAAUACUCCUCAUGACCUGAAAGUUUCUGCAGCUCAUACUCCAAAGUAAAAAAGUGAAGGAUGUUUCAACGGUUGGAUUAUAGGAGUUAGAAAGGGGGUGAGACAUUACUAAUGAUUCACAAGAACUCAAGCUUAUAAAAAAGAAUCUUGGGGUUUUUAUUCUGGAAAGCAUUACUCUUGCAAAGUUGAGAGGGAAACUGUACAUCCAUUGUUCUUCUAUAGGUAACUAAAUAUGUCAAUGAUCAAGACGAACCUGAUAAGAAUGCCGUAAGUGCUGAAUCUUUUGCUAUCUCUGUUGAAAACUCAAAUGAAGAAGAGGGCACUUCAAUGCCCUUUCUUGUGAGUUGUGAGUGCACAUAUUGUAAAUUUUCUUGUGAGUGCUCAAGAGCAUUUUUAAAUGCUCUCUCUCCUCAUAGAUUUUUAGUUUUGUAGUAUUUGAAUUUAUUUGAAAAAAGUGAAAAGCAUUUUUAAUGUCAUUGUGCUGGUAGUAUCAAGUUGAUCAUCUUGUCUCGUACGUGGUUCCCAAAGAAAAUCUGUGGGAAUGCAAUUGUGUUAUCUCACUUAUCUGAUCAUAUGUCUAAGAGAUGAAUGAGCAUUAUCUGAUUAGAUGUCAACGGAUCCCCAAGCGUCCUGGAUCUGAUUGGCGUGACCUUCCAGAUGAAAAGGGUUUCCCAGAUACCUAUCAGUUUACUGGUAACAUUUUGCACAAGCACAGGCAAUUUUCUGCUCAGGCCAUUAUCAAGUCUAACAUCAGACCAACAAAAAAUCCACUCAGCUAAACUGGCUCUUCAUUUUCAAAACUCCUCUCUGCACACAAGCACUAUAAAACUUGGUUGUUAUGGAAUGACUUUUGUGAUACCCACAUUAUCUCUGGUUUGAAUCAAUCUGUGAACAUCUCUUUCAAAAAUAAAUAAAACCACACAAUUCCAUCGUCUAUGCUAGCAAUGACAGGAUGACUAGAAGAUAUCUCUGGACUAACCUGGCUGAUUUUAGCUUGAGAUUUCAAUGUCAUCUCUAAUUUGCAGGAGUGUAAAGGCAAUUGUAUCCCUUCAAGGUAUGACAUUCUGGAUUUUAGUGAAUUAAUUAAUAAUAAAUACAUUAUAGAGGUUGAGUUCCAAGCACACCUGGAUUGGUAAAAGAAAAAAUGGUCUUGUUUUAAACAAACUUGAUAGAAUCUUAGUAUUCCCUUAGUUUGAUAAUAUGAAUCUCACUUUAUCUAAGGUUGGCCCUAGGACUUCGAAAUUUCAACAUAUAUGGAAUAAGCACUCAUUUUUUUGACAUCCUGGAGAUCAGCCUUGUGAUGCUUUUGGCAUGGGAAAAUUCUCUUUUAAUCUUAGAAGGUUCAAAAUUGUUUGAAAUUUUGGAACAAAACCAUUUUUGGAAACAUUUUCAGCAACCUUGCUGAAACUGAGAUUGAAAGGGGGACUGGUCUGAAGCAUUUCCAAAGACCGAGUUGGAAAAUGGUUGUUUUCAAAGGCUUGGCGGGAUUGUAAAAAAAAUUGAAAGACUCGUGCUUGCAGAACAGUAUGAUCUUGUAGAUGGAAAUCUAUGAGCUACCAGAUUUAGAAGGAAAUUUGUAAGCUUACAGAUUUCCUUUGCUCAGCCCAGGUUAGGAUUUCGUCGUCUCAGAGGCCCAUAUAUGUUAUUGUGCAUCAUAAUUUUAAUUUUUCUAAUAGUCAUUUUUGUAUCUGUGCUUGACAGAUCAAUAGUCCAUAUGAACUCCUAUCAUCAUCCUCUUAUGGUUCAAUUCCUCUUUUAGUAUAUGUGCUUUACUGAAAACUCACAUGCCUAUUUUUCCCAAAAUGUGUUGUGGACGAGUUUAUAGUCACAGUGCACAGCUGAAACUAGCAGUGAUUAUACAGUCACUCUUAUGCUUAUUUUCCCAAAAUGUGUUAUGGACGAGUUUAUAGUCACUGUCGUAGCGGGUUCAAUUCUGCAUUAUACGUCGAGUCUUGUCAUUUCUUGGUUUUGCUUACUCCCUUAUGGACUAUCAAGAUUUUGUUACCAGUGGGCAUCAACCUCGCGCAACGCGCGUGCCCGUGCUAGUAGUUAUAUAUGCUCUGUGGUCCGUAUAUGCCAAAGUGGCCCUAGGGUGACAUAAUGUCUCAAAAUUGCAUUACUUGACUUGUGGUUUUCGAAAUCUAGUGACUAGUAUGACAAUAUUAUGCUAGUAAUCAUUAGAAUGCAAGAUGACAAUAUAAUUUUAGUUUAGUUGCAUGUACUUCACUGGGAUUCCGAAGUUUUGUCAUAUGGAAUUUAAAUUGCAUAAAUAUAAGGUGUUUUUUAUACAUAAUUACAUUUUUCUCUUAUCA